UAUGUGUUCGUUCAUGUAGUUGUCGAAGUGUGUGUUGGAAGCCGGCGGCGCGCCGUGAGGGGACCACGGUCGUUGUGAGUAAGCAUUUGUUAGUGCUGCGCGGAGAACGUGUACAAGUAGUUCGUGAAAUUUUAUAGGUGACUGCAACUGUCACCCACGAGACUACACCCGGCCCCAAAAUGUCAAAUCGAGCAUGGGUAACGCUUGCUACAAACGACUCCUACGGUCUUGGCGCGCUGGUGGUGGCGCACUCUCUGCGUCGCUCCGGCUCAGUUUACCCUGCCGUGGUGCUAAUUACACCCUCCGUAACUGAUGCUAUGAGGGAACGUCUUCGCGCAGUAUUUGCUGAAGUGGUGGUAGUAGACGUUUUGGACUCGAAGGACGCCGCCCACCUCGCACUACUACAGCGGCCAGAGCUCGGCAUCACCUUCACAAAGAUCCACUGCUGGAAUCUAACUCAGUAUGAGAAGUGCGUCUUCUUGGACGCUGAUACACUGAUUGUCCAAAAUUGCGAUGAGCUGUUCGAGCGUGAGGAACUCUCCGCAGCACCCGAUGUUGGCUGGCCCGACUGCUUCAAUUCCGGAGUUUUUGUGUUCACUCCCUCCGCCGAGACCUUCAAUAAUCUCAUCAAAUUCGCCUCGGAGCGUGGCAGCUUCGAUGGUGGAGAUCAGGGUCUGCUAAACUCGUACUUCUCGGAUUGGGCGCAGGGUGAUAUCAACAAGCAUCUUCCAUUCCUUUACAAUGUUACAUCCGCUGCCUUCUAUUCUUACAUACCCGCCUUAAAACAUUACGGUCAAAAUUUAAAGAUAAUCCACUUCAUCGGGGCCGCGAAGCCAUGGCUACAACAAUUCAACUGGCAGACGCGCUCCGUAGACGCGCCGGAACAUUUGCGCGAAUUCUUGCAGCUCUGGUGGGACCUGUUUGUUGGUCAGGUCCACUCACAGCUGGACACUGCCAUGGGUGAGGUCGAAGAAGAACUUCUGGCGAUUCUUCAAGAAGAAACAGUCGAUUUUAAUAACCCAACUGUGGAAUUUAGUUACUAUGAACCAACUUUGGAUUCAGACUCGGAAUUUCCGUGGCAUCAUCCCGAAAAUCAAGUCGCAGAUCCCGAAAUCAAUGUGCCAGAGAUAAAUAUGAGCGAAUUUCAUAAUCCGUGGGAUAUUUAUGUAGGAAAUAUUCCAGCUAGUAAAGAGGAUUUCAAUCAAAACGAAAAAAAGGCAGAUUAUUAUCAGGAAAUAAGAAGACAUGCUUGGGAUUAUAUCCAUCCUGAUCAAACUGAAUGUCACAAUUACCAAACAACAUUUAACAGUAGUGAUAAUUAUACCUCUGAACAUAAAGAAGAAGUUUGGCAAUCCAAUUUUGAAUCUAGUCCUAAUAAUAAUCAAACGCAUCUACACUUACACGUACCUCUUAAUGAUCAUUAUUAUCAACAACAUGAAACAUAUCCCCAAUCACAAGACCAUACCAAUAUACCACAACACAUUUCAGAGCCACUUCACAUGCACAACAACCACUACAAUGAUUUUAGUAGACCUGAUGAUAAUAACAAAAUUAUUAAUCAAUCAUAUAACAAAGAAUCUCAACCUGAUGGUCAUGUAUGCUAUACGCAUAGUCUUCUGGAUCACGAUCUCAACGUAGGUAAGAAGUUAAAGAAUUUCUCUUCACAAAUCCAUAAACAAAAUAGACCUCAAAUAUACAGCGUAAUGAUGGAUCACGUAAGAGUCAAACAUCAUGAACCAGAAGAGAAAUUGAACGGAUAUGCGUCUGGCGCCGAUAUUGAUCUUUAUGAGGAAAUAACACCGCGGCAUCCAUAUGAUGGGUUUUACAUGAGGCACAGAAUGACUAUUGAUCCACGUGGGCGUAAAAUCUGCAGUCACGAAAUACCAUUCCGACCUCCAUCUCCAUUGUCAGACAGUUCAGAAGAAUUUGAAGAUGCAAUGGAGGCAUUCGCUGAGGAAAUAACGAAUAAGGCAUUAAAUGGGGAGGAUAGUCAAACUGGUGUAGCGGGUAACUUAGCACGUGUAGUACCGGGAGCACCCCUGCAACAAGAGGCCGUUGACGAACUGGCCAGGAGACAAGGUUGGGAAGCUGGAAACAUUGAUUACAUGGGUGCAGAUUCCUUUGACAACAUCUGGGCAAAGAUAUCGCAGACAUUGAGCCAGCCGCCAAAUUCCGAACACCCAGAGCCCCCUAAAGAAGAGGCGCAGCCUGUAGCAAUGGCUGAUCCACCAAGCGCGUCUGCACUAGUUGAUACUGUUUCCGAGCCAGCACCAGUGGCAGUUCAGGCAGUAGAUGUACCCAAGCAAGAAGAAGAGGCUUCUAAAGAAAAAAAAGUUGACGUUAUCCCUAGUGAGGCAGUUCCCGUUGAAGUUCCUGCGCCAGUAGAAUCAGAAACGGUAGAAAACACCUCCGAAGCAGAAGCCGUGGCUCCAGCGGAGGUUGCCGCAGUCGUGGAGCCUAUUCCAGUUGAAGUUCCAGUUCCAGCCGAUGAGGCUCCGACUCCAGCAAGUGAUACCACUGAAGCACCAGGUAAACCAGAAGAAAUUAUUCCUGUUCCAGUUGAAGCUGCGGCUGUUGAGCUCGCUGAAUCAGCCCCGGCUGAAGUGAGUGGAGAGGCUGAACCAGACGCCACUGAAAUACCAGUGGUUGCCUUGGAAGCAUUAAAAAUUGAUGAAGCGCCAUCAGCCGCAGUAGGCGAAGCUACAAAAGAGCAAGUAGCGCCAGCGCCCACACCUUCUGUUCCUGAAUCCCCUUUAACUCCGUCACAAGAAACAACACCUAUAGAACCGGUGGAAGAGCUAGAGGCUACCUCAGACAGCCCGCCUCUAGCUAACACUCCGUCCAAGGAAGAAAUUCCUGGAGCACCCGCUGCUAAAUCGGAGGAGCGGCGCAAGCCGGCGGGCAAGUUGCAGCUUAGGCCGCCGCUCGCCGCCGACCCUGCGCUCACGCCCGACAGCGAAGCAGAGGACGCCGCUGCGCUUGCGCAGUCCAUCAUCGCUAGCGAGUUGCGUACGCCCACCGUCACCGGGCCCACGCCGCCCGCGCUCUCCCCCUCUCCCGCGUCGCCGUCCGCAGACUCGCGCCUCUCCGUCCAGGAGCCCACAGUGCCAACCCCGCCCGUCGGCGCCGUCUCGCUCUCACAGAUCGGCAUCAAGUCCAAGCCUAGCACCGCCGCCCAAAUAGAGUCCUCAGUGAAGACAGACUCCGCACCUUCUACGCCCGAGUCGCCCAAGACUGCUGACCCACCUAAAAAGAAGGUAGUUAAAAAAAUUGUCAAAAAGGACAAGGAGGGGACGAGCGGCGAGGCGCCCGUGCCGCCACCGCGUAAGAAGGAAAAGAAGCCCAAAGAGAAAUGAGCGUCAGCGCUUCGCCUCCGAAAAGUUCCUCUGUGCCAUAAUUGUAGCUUCACCUUUAUGUUACUAUUUAAUUUUCGAAUUCGCUUUAGUGUAUGUGUAACCGUUUUUAUAUUUUAUACUAUUAAUUAAUGAUAUUAAUACUCGCACUUCACACGUCCAUUUGGAGAAAUAGAUUUAUGUACUAUGUAAUUUUUUAUAUUACCUAAUUAUCGAAUCGACGUGUUAUUUUAAACAGUGAUGUAUUUGGUUUUAAAUAUUGAUACUAUCCUACAUGAUUACCAAAGCAUGACACGUAUUUAUUAAGAAAGAAAUGUUAUUCAAAUAUUUGUAUUAAAAGUAUAUUUUGAAUUAAAA